UAUAAAAUUUUUGAGCAGAAUUCUUCACAACAAACAAAACACUACAUUUCGAAGGUCAGAGAUCGUGAAAUCGGUCGAACCUGCUCCCUCUAAAUUACGAUCACAGCACUCCAAAACCCCAGUCAUUAUGGCACCCUACAUUUACAAAAUGCUACUUAUAAAUCCGAAUUCAUCAGAAGAGAUGACGGAGAAUUUGGAACCUUUGAUCACCGAAUAUCCAUCAAAUACGAUAAUCGACAGUUUUACUGCUCCACGCAGCGCCCCAAAAAGUAUCAACAAUGAGAAAGACGCUUUGGAGUCGGCAAAUAUCGUCUUUCCAGAAAUUCUUCAGUUUAUAAAGCAGCAAAAGUACGAUGGAUAUCUGGUUGCUUGUUAUAGUCUUCACCCUCUUGUGGAUAUGAUAAGAGAGGCUGUCCCUCGAGGGGUUUACGUUACCGGGAUCUUCGAAGCCAGUAUCACAACCGCCUUGACGUUAACUCCAACUCCCCAUCUGAAGGCGGAUGUGAAGCAGAAGACGACAUUUGGAAUUGUUACCACUGGUACAGCUUGGGAAAAGUUACUGGCAGCCGGAGUGCUCAGGGUAGUUGGGUUGGGCGAAAUGGCCCACGCCACUCGAUUUAAGGGAGUGGAGUCGACAGGACUCAAUGCAGAUGAGCUGCAUACAGCGCCGAAAGAAGUUGUGACCACGAAGAUGAAGGAUGCUACCAAGAGACUUGUUCGGGACAACGAUGUGAGGGUAAUUUGUUUGGGUUGUGCUGGAAUGUCAGGUCUUGACCGAAUCGUGACGGAGGCGUUGAUCGAGGAACUCGGUGAAAAAGAUGCGAAAGAAGUGUAUGUUUUGGAUGGGGUGAAGGCAGGUAUUGGCAUGCUGGAGAAUAUGUUCAGGAGCUUGCCAGGAAGCAAGACGGAGUGGGGUUUGGAAUGAGGAGAGAGAGUUCGUGAAUUCGUCGGCAUUGUUGUAGUUUACUUUCCCCUCAGGUCUGCAGGGCU